UACCACGGCGGCGUCUCAUUCGAUGGCCACAUGAACGCAGCCAAGUCCGGCGGCCGCAUGCUCGCGCGGCGCGUCGUCCCGCCCCCCUGCCGCGGUGCCGCCUCCGCGGUGCCCGCGGCGACGUCGACGCCCCAGCACAUCUCCCACUACCUCGCGCACAGCCCGAGGGUGACCUGGGAGGCGCUCUCCGCAUCGUUCCCCGCCGCCCCGGCGCCCGAGGGGCACGUCGACGCCGUGCUCCUCUCCCUCGCCAGGAACCCCAGCCCCUCCUCCCCCGCCUCCGCCGAGACCGUCGCCAAGAACGCGCACAGCUUCUUCCACUGGUCCGCCGCCGCGUCGCCGUCCCCACACUCGCUCCGCUCCUACUGCCUCCUCGUCCACCUCCUCGCCCGCGCGGCCCUCAUCAGCCACGCCUCCGUCCUCCUCCAAGCCGCCAUCACCAGGCACUCCUCCUCGCCCGCCUCUUCUUUCCUGGACGCCUUCUUCUCGGCCUACGAGGACAGCGGCACCGCCGCCACGACCCGCGGCCUCCACCUCCUGGUGCACGCCUACGCGCAGCUCCGCCUCCCGGAGGAGGCCCUCGAGGCCUGCCGGUACCUGGCGCUCCGCCGCGUGCUCCCCUCCCUCUCCGCCUUCAACGCCGUGCUGCACGCCGCGCAGCGCACCGGCCGGUUCCGGGUCGCCUGGGAGGUGUUCGAGCUAAUGACGCUCAAGCGGGUGUACGCCAGCCAGGCCACCGUCGAGCUUGUCGUCGGCGUGCUGAGCCGGGAAGGCACACUUGCCAGGACGGUGGCCCUCGUGGAGAGGAUCCACGGCAAGAAGUGCGCGCCGGGCGUUGUGGCGCAUGUCGCGCUGGCGCUGUGGAUCUUCGAGGAAGGGAGGGCCGAGAAAGGGAUCUUGCUGCUCAGGAGGAUGCUGCAGAGGAACAUGGUUUUCGACGACGUUGCUUACUCGCUGAUGGUGCAUGCCCACUGUCGUAUUGGUGAUCUGGAGUCGGCACGCGAGCAGUGGGACGACAUGGUUCGACGAGGCUGUCGCCUGAACCCAUUUGUGUAUACUUGCCUCGUCGGAGUACAUUGUCGUGAAGGUAAUGUCAGUGAGGCCAUGCAGUUGCUGCAAGAAAUGCUGUCCAGGGGGUUGAAGCCGUAUGAUGCUACAUACAGUCACCUCGUCACUGGGUGUUUUAGACAUGAGAGGACAGGUGAGGGCUUGGAGUACUUCGACAAGAUGCUCCAUGAAGGCCUUGUGCCGGACAUUGGCACUUGCAAUGAGAUCUUAGAGGCGAUGUGUGGUGCUGGAGAGGUCGGCAAGGCGAACGAGUUGGUGACGGCAAUGAUCGACAAAGGAAUUAUUCCUGGUCAGGAUACAUACCAUAAGCUCAUUGAUGGAUUCGGAAAAGUUGGUGAUGUGGAAGGUGUUGUCAAGAUUUAUUAUGAGAUGGAGCACAGGGGACUUAACCAUGGCUCCGAUUUUUUUACCUCCCUGAUCAGUGCCCUGUGCCAGUGCGGGAAUCCAAAGGAAGCUGAGAAGUUUGUGUAUGUGAUGGAAAGGAAAUCACUGGCUCUGACAAGUGACAUAAGCGAUAUGUUGAUCAGCAGUUACUGCAAGAAGGGGAACACUAAGAGGGCACUUCGGUUAUACGACAAGAUGAUUACACGAAGCGAGAAGCUAAUCCCCUCUGCAGACACAUUUAUGAUGUUGGUGAGAAGAGUCAUCAAAGUAAAGACAUAGUUCCCAUAAUACCUGAUCUCGCAGCUAGAUUAUUGUGCUUGAUGGGAGAAAAGCUAAAGGGGGUUGAGAGCUGCAAAGGUAAAGGAGGAGAAGGUUGCUAUUACAAGAUUCGUCUAUGUAUGGCACUUAUUGUCACUUUUGAAAAGGCAGUGGUAACUGAGAACAGGAAAACUGCCCUACAAGUGAGGAGAGGGAUUACAAGAGAAUCCAUUUUUUUUUCUUGCCUUGCAAGGCGAAGAAUCUGAGAUUCUAGUUGGAUACAUGUUAUUUUCUGCUUGUGUGCAAGUGGAUGAGGCCAACUUACCAUGCAAAUCACAAUCAAAUGGCGCAGCCCUUAUGAGUCCAGACUAGAUUAUUCUCAACAUAACUACUCUAUGAGUGUUCCUAGGACCUUUUCCAUGCAAACUGGAUCACUGGAUUUCUGUCUGUCUGUUAUUUUAAGGGUUGGUUCUUCUGCGGAGAACUAAUCCACUGGGCAGAAACCAAUAAAUUGGUAAUCUUUUCCAGUAUUAAACUGUUUAUGAUGAUAUACUGUAUGAUAACAUUGUUAAUGGGCUGAACAAUUACAAUGUCAUUCACAUGUCUAGCAUCGUACAGUAUCAACUAUCAAACUGACUUUGAAUUCACUUAUUGAUUCA